AUGCAUAUCCAAAUUUCAGUUCCAAAUCUUCUUUCCCUCACACACCUCUUUGUGAUCCUAACUCUAUGUGCCUCCUACAAAGAAAACUUAGAUGACUCUUCAAAAUUUUUCACCAACUAUAACCGUGCUGCUGAAAUAGAAAAACAUUGCAGUUCAUAUCUAUCUUUGGCAUCUAAGUUAAGCCCUGAUGCCAAUAGAGGUAACAGAAUCAAGAGAGAACUCUCAUUCACCUAUGGAGAUUGGGAGCAGGAGAAUGGACAUACAACCUUGAUGCCAUUCGACCGAAGCAAUGGUUUCGAGCAGAGUUUAGCCUUAAAACUAGUCUCUUUCAAAGUGAUGGACAUAAGUUCAAUUCAGCACUUUGAAAAUACAGUUAGUCUUGGAGGGAUCAUGUCCAUAGGAAUAUCUGGUCAAGGUUCAUAUUUUCCAACUAAAUCUUCUUCUUCUUUCACAAUGAGGCCUGGCUUAUCUCUUCUCAGAAUUGCUUUUGAAGGUGUAUACUUACAAAGCAAUGAUCAUGAGAAUGGGAAAGAGCAUUUGAUGUGUCUCUUGGGAAACACAACUUUACCUAUACCAGAACCAUUCAAUUAUGAUUGGAAUGACAUGUUUCUUGAUUAUAGUCUCUUACAAGAUGAGCAGAUUCUACUUGUUCUUCGCUACCCUCAAACCUUCAACUUGACAAGAAGGUCCAUAAGAGGCGAAAUGCGAAGUUUACACCAGGAAGGAAGCUUGGCAUAUUUUGAUAAUGUUCAUAUUUCUUCUCAAUUGAAUCGCCAUGCUGUCUAUCAAUUCAGCUCUGAAUCAAAGUCUAGAUCUUGUGAUCCAUAUCCAUACGAACUAGACUUUGCAGCAUAUGGGGCUAAUUCAUUCAAUAAUGGUUCUGAUUUUUGCAGUUUUCUUCAGAAAGUUGCACAACGACCUUUUUACCUUUUUGGAGUUGAAAACUUUAAGCUACUUUUUCAGUACCUUAUCUGUGAGGAAGAAACAGAUAGCAACAAAGUCCAAAGUGCAAGAGUUUCUGCAGUUCUAAGAGCAUUUCCAGCAUCCAUGUCUUUAGAUACAGUGCAAUCAAGAACAGGCCUCUCAAACCAAACUCUAUCUGCAGAAGGAUCAUGGAAUUCCUUAACAGGAAAACUCUGCAUGAUUGGAUGUCAUGGAGUGGUUGAUCCAGGGUUAAACUCAAAGGAAUGCAACUAUCAGAUAUCUUUUCACUUCCCAAGUAUCCUCUCUAUCAAGCAGAGGAGUCUCAUGCUUGGUACUAUACAUAGUACUAGCAACAAUGAUGAAUUAAACAUCUUCUUAUUUCCUUUCUUGCAUUCGCUAAGGCGUCCCACCGAUCUCAAGGGCCUUGACUUGCAUAACACUCCAUACUAUAAUUACUCAAAGGUUGAGCUUGCUGCUGCAAUCAAAAGCAAGAAUCAACACUCAAAGUUGUUCAGCCUUUUCAAGAAAUUGUUCUUCAAGUAUCCAACUCUUGUAGAUGGAGAUGAUAUAAAUCGCCUCUCCAAUAAGCUCAAUGUCUAUGUGAUUGCGAUUCGUCAUCAAUCCUCAAACAAGCAUGAUAGGGUCUAUAUGCAGAUGGAAGUUCUUUCACUUGGUACUUCACAUCAACAUGAAAGAAAAAACAUCUUUGGCAAUCCUCUUCUUAACAUCUCAUUGCAUCUCACUUUAUCUGAAGGUGAAGGGUAUUGGGAUGAAAAUGCAGAUAGCUACCCCUUUUUCUUGGAAGGUGUAUAUGAUCCCUUAGAAGGUGAUAUGCAUCUAAUUGGUUGCAGAAUGUUUUCACAGGGCAUAGAUUGUUUGAUGGAAGUUAAGGUUCAGUAUCCAUCUGAAUCGAUACGAUGGCUUAAGAAUCCUUCAGUUGAAAUGAUCCGUGACAUUUCAAGCCUAUCACUCUCAGAACUCAAAUGA